CUGAACCACAUUCAACACAUGAAAGUGUAUCUUUUGUUCUGGGAGUUUUCAGAAUGCUUUUGAGGUCUGUCUUGUGUGGGGUUUAGCCUUGUGUUUACCAGUAUCUGAGAGACUUAAACAGGAGGAGGAGGCUUCAGCUAUGCUUAAAGCUCUGCUGGUGCUUGGAAGCUUUGUGGAUGAGGGUCUGAGUGUUCAUCUUCAGGCUGAGUUACUCCAGGUCCUGCUUAGUCCACACAAGUGCUUGCCAACGGAGCCCUGUUGUGCUUCGUUAGUCAGUGUCUUGGUUCUCCUGUGCUUGCAGAGUUUGAUGGGAACAUGGAGCCUUCUUCCCCACCAGACCCAGGGAGUCCUGCAGGGAGGAGCUCCUCUGUGCCACAGAGAAACUACCGCGUCCUGGUGGGUGUGACUGGGAGUGUGGCUGCCCUCAAGCUGCCCCUUCUCAUUGCUGAGUUGCUGAAGAUCACUGAGCUCGAAGUGAAGGUGGUCACCACUGAGAGAGCAAAGCAUUUCUACAACGUCCAGGAGAUUCCUGUCACCCUCUACAGCGAUGAAGAUGAAUGGAAGACCUGUGUGAUCCGUGCCUGGGAUCUGAGCAAACCUCUGCUCUUCUGCCCAGCAAUGAACACAGCCAUGUGGGAGCAUCCCAUCACAGCACGGCACGUGGAGCAGCUGAAAGGCUUUGGCUACACGGAGAUCCCCUGUGUGGUGAAGAAACUAGUGUGUGGAGAUGAAGGUCGCGGUGCCAUGGCAGAGGUGUGGACCAUUGUGGAGAGCGUGAAGAGGAUCCUGGAGGAGCGGGGCUUGCCAGCACAGAGCUGAUGUUUGGCACAUUCAUUGUGUUUGGUGCCUCCCUAAUGAUUUGAAGAUAAAACCAAGUGCUCUGCAACCAAAGAACUGAAACAGUUGCUUCCAGCUGGUGCCAGCCUCAAAUGUGGUUCAGUGCUGCAGACUCUCAGAAACCAAAGCCAAGGACAUGCUGCUUUAGUAUGGGAAAGCCCUGUGGUAUCUCACAGAGAUGGAGCAACGUUCUGCCUGGCCACUCACCUCGUGUCUCACGUUUCCUUCCUGAGGAGGCUGCAGAAGGAAUUGCUGAUGUAUUUCAGUGGUUUCCCCCAAGAGCUGCUGGAGAGAAAGUGCAGUGCAAGCCCUGGCCAUGGGGAUAGUGCUGGCCCCUGCAUGGGGAUAUCACUGCUCUCCAAAGCCUGGGUUGUAGUUGUGUUGGCUUCACCUUUCCAGCAGGAGUCACUGUCCAAAAGGCAUUUCAUAGGCUCGUAGAAUCACAGAAUGGUUUGGUUUGGAAAGGACCUUAAAAUCAUCCCGCUCCAACCCCUUUUUGGGACUUAAUAAAUGAGAGCUUUGCAUUCUGCCCCUGGAGAAUUGCCUCUUGUAGCUGCCCUGGGGGAUGUUUGCACCUCACGUCAUUGCUAAGCUGUUGUGUCUGCAUGUGGUUCCUGUCAGACUUGGGAAAAAUAGGCAGAAAGCAGCUUUUUAGUCCU